UCUAUGCACCUGCCCUCCCUCGCUUGCUCGCAAACGUAUUCUUCUGGCCGCGAAUCGGGUCCCGGGUACCGACUCGCGCUGCGGCCCUCGUCACCUGCAAAAUCAGCUGAAUGAGACCCGCCCCACGCUGCCGCUUUGCGAGCGCGCGACAGGCGCGCCCCCUCCUCGACGUCCCCGCACAGCCCCACAUUCAUACGAUCGACGUCACCCCCUGCGCGCCGGUCCAUAAAAAGGGCGCGCACGCCGGAAGCGGCCUUCCUGACCGUGUAGGCUGUCCAAUAGGAGGAUCCGGGCCUCCCUGUCCGCAGCUAUAAGUACCUUCUGGGUCCUCGGGAUCGUAUACAUACGCCCUUGCUCGCGACCGCCAGCAAAGCACGUUCACCCGCGCCCUCGUUAGGAUCAGCUGAACGCUCUCCACGACCCUCCACGACCCGCUCACCCCACACAGCCACGAUGAAGACCACCACCAUGAAGCUCGCUGUCGUUCUCGCUGCCGCGCUCGCCGUUAGCGCGCAAACGACCACUGCCGAGACGGAGACCUUCCCGAGCAUCUCGGACACGAGCCUCAGCCUGCCCACUGAACCCAUCACCGAGUCCAUUACGGACACGUUCCCCACCAUCCCUGUGAGCUCGACCGCGACGGGCGACGACACCACCACGCUCAGUGGCACCGACACGGACACGGACACCGUGAGCCCCACUGACACCAUCCUCUCCACGACGGAGACGGACACCACCGUGCCCACCACCACCGCGGACACAUCCUCCAUCUCGACGGUCACGCAGGAGACGACCACCAGCGCGCAGCCGACCACGACGCGCCCGACCAGUAGCGGCGGCUCGACCACUCGAGGCGCACCUACCUCGACGCGUACCUCGUCAUCGACCUCCGCCUCCGCUUCUGCCACAGGCGACAACAACGGCGCGCUGCCGCUCGCGGACAUGCAUGGCGGCCUUUUCGUCGGCGUCGUAGGCGGUCUCGUGGGCUUGAUGCUGUAAGGCGUGUAUGAGUGGUGAAGUACACGCGGAAAGCAAUCUUGAGAGGCGUGCUGGGAAGCAUGCCGGAAAGAUUGCCAAAGGGCACGCUGGAGGAGGUGCCGUGAGGCAUGAGCAUUGAACACGACGGGUAGAUAAUGCAUGGACGAUAUGGACUGUCGAUAUUUGGACCGUAACAAUGUUGUAACCUCGAGGGCGCUUACGCACUGAUAGGACGCGCGACAUAGAAGCCUAUGGAUAGCUUAAGUUCUGAGCAAAGAGAAGACGAAGAUGUGACAAACCGC